CGAAAAAAGUAGCAUUAAAUCAAAAUUAUUUAAGCACAAAAUAUUUUAUUACUUUUCAAGUACAAUGUUACGGUUUUACAAUUGAAAUUAUAAUAGCUUAAAACACCAAACACUGUAGACGCAGAUACAAUUUACUGUGGACCUAGAUACGUUUUACUGCUCAUCUAGACCUUAUUUUCCUGUUUAUCUGACGCUUUACUGUGCGGUGCCAGAGAAGCUUUAUGGGGCUGGUUUGUCUCUCUGUGUUAUCCAUAGAGACUCUUGAAAGAACUGUGAGCCAUUCUUGGAACAGUGAUGGGUUGUUUGAGGCGAUUGGAGGGCUGAGAGAAAAAGAAUUGCCAUGCAUUGGAGCUCAGUUCUAUUUGCGUUGGUCACAGGUAGACUUUCCAGCAUCAUUUGCUUUCUGGGUGAUUCGACGGCAGGUGAGAGACUAUGCGGCAGAGAUUGGGAGAGGACAGUGGGUUGCUGAUGGAGACCAGUUGUUGAUUUAUUACUUUGGCUGCAGAGAUUGUGAGACCAACUCCAUCCCUGCAAUAGAAUAGCAAUUUCAUAAAUGGACCCCACAGCUACAUUAGCAACUUUAGCAAUUAUUCACUUCAACCAUUUCAAACCACCUCCAUCCCUGCAAUAGAUUAGCAAUUGCAAUUACUGAGACCUACUACAUAUUAUUUUCUUUAACAAUACUUUUGCAUAAUAGAUAAUAGAAUUUUGAAAAUUCAAUAAAAACAAUAUAUAGCAUACACCAAAAAGAAAUAAAGAAAUACAAAAAUAAAAAACAAAAUACAAAAAUUAAAAAUGAAAUAAAAAAUACUAAAUUACUCGUCAUCUUCCUCUCCUCCAAAACGAUUCAAAUCUCUUCAACUAAAUCUGCUUGAAGUUGAUGAAUUUUGAACCUAUCACGAAUUCUCAAAUUAUUUCAGAGAUACUCUUCAUACUCUGGCAGCCGAGUUUGAGAAACUGUAGGCAUGGAUACAUUGAAAUUCACCCCAUCAUUUGUAUAAUCAAAAUGUCGGAUAUAUAAAUCUCGCUCAUCUUCUACAAUCAUGUUAUUCAUGAUUACACAUGCUUUCAUUAUUUCCCCGAUUGUCUUCUUGCACCAUACCUGUGUCGGGUUAAUAACGAUGGCGAAUCGUGAUUGCAGGACCCCAAAUGCUCUCUCGACAUCUUUUCUGGCAGACUCUUGCUUCUUAGCAAAUAGUUUAUGUUUCGGUCCUUGUGGCAGCGUGAUUGACUUAACAAAGGUUGCCCAGUUUGGAUAGAUUCCAUUAGUGAGGUAGUAGCCCAAGUUGUGACUUUUUAUUAUUGACAUAAUAGUUCACUUCUAGUGCUCUCCCUUCUAAUACUUCAUGAAAAACUAAGGAGCGAUCUAAUACGUUGAUAUCAUUCAAUGUACCUGGAAGACCAAAAAAAGCAUGACAUAUCCAUAGAUCUUGUGAAGCUACAACUUCCAGCAUAAUAGUAGGAGUUUUAUGAUCUCCUCGAGCAUAUUGACAUUGCCAUGCUACAGGACAAUUUUUCCAUUCCCAGUGCAUACAGUCAAUACUGCCUAUCAUACCAGGAAAACCUCGCUGCUGACCUACAUGAAGCAAUUUUUCGAUAUCUUCAGCAUUUGGCCUCCUCAAGUAUUCAUCUCCAAAAUUAGCAAUGACAAAUUUUACAAAUAUUUUGACACAUUUUGUUGUAGUGGUCUCCCCGAUCCGUAAAUACUCAUCAACACCAAUCCACAUGUGAUGCGUGAACAAUGACAGUUGUGUACCAUAGUCAAUAGCUAGAUAUGGAUAAGGGGGCAUGUAAUACAUAUGGUGAGCUACAACAAUGGUUAAAGAACCUAACAUAGCUAGGUUAAGAGAAACGUUGUCUGCCACAACACCAUGUGCUAACAUGCGCAUUGCUGCAGCACACUUCACUAGGUGAGAUAGACUUGCUCUGCCAACAACAUCAAUACUGUUCUAGAAGUAAGGAUCAUACUUCAUCACACCUUCGACUAUGCGAAGAAUUAAAUGUUUCUGCAUUCGAAAUCUACGUCGAAACAUAUCAUCAGUGUAUGUGGGAGUCUCAGAGAAGUAGUCUUGGUAUAGGCGCUGAUGUGCAUCUUCACGACCCCUCUCAAUGUAUCUCCUUGGACGUCUUGAAGACGAGGCUUCAUCUUCUAUUUGUUGCCGUUUGAUUUGAACAUAUUGUUGCAUAAGUUUGAAUCAUCUGUUGCCCACUGGACAAUGAUUUCCUAAAAUGGAUUCUCUGAACUAGAAGAAGAUGAGGAUGAAGAAGAAUCCAUCUCUGAAUGAGUUAUCUUUUGAGAAUGGUGAGAAGAAUGAAACUACAAUAAUGAA